CUUGCUCUGUCCACCACGCCUCUCUCACCUACUAGUUCCCUCCUGUUUGGCAUCCCAGAGAUGGUCUAAAGUGAUUCCUCAGGGAAGAAUAGAGCGCAAAGCACCAGAGCAGGAGCUGAGCACGAGCUGACGACGAGCGGAGUCGCUGUUGCCCGGGACUGCCUCUUAAUUGCGCGUAAUCUUCCGUUUCAUUCAGCUGAACAGAGGAGAAGACUUUAAAUAGAAGGAGCGAAGGAGGGUGAGCGCGUUUCAUCUCCUUGGGGUUCUUUGACACUGUGGACUGUUUGUUGCAGAAAAGUAACAUUUUGCAACAGUUUUUGUCAGCUGCACCUUGAUCCGGGGGACUGUCGCCACCCUCUCAUCCUGCGCUCCCCUUUCAUCGCUCUCAACGUUGUUCAUCUUCACACCUACUGCUUCCCUCUUUUUCUUGUUGAGUCGCUGACAUGAGGUGCAGCUAACCCUGGAUGCUGACAGCUCCCCUUUUCCUUCCACAUGUCGCAUCUUUUGUUUACUUUGAGAAACACACACGCAACUAAACGCCAAGUGAAGUAGACCACGCCACUUUGCUCCUCUGACAGCGCGAUCAAACAGACGAGAAGGAGAGGCAGGAGAAAGGAGGGAGCCAAGGAGAGCAGGAUUGAGAGAGAAGAGAGAGUGAGAGAGAUAGCGACAGUGUGAAGGUGCGUUUUGAUGUUUGGCAUCCACGAGAGCAUCCAGAGGAGUGGGAGUAGUAUGAAAGAAGAGCCCAUGGUGGCCGGGAUGAACGCGGUUCGGACAUGGAUGCAGGGCGCCGGAGUGCUGGACUCCAACACAGCCGCCCAGAGCGGAGUGGGUCUAGCUCGGGCACACUUCGAGAAGCAGCCGCCCUCCAACCUCCGCAAGUCCAACUUCUUCCACUUCGUCCUGGCUUUGUACGACCGGCAGGGUCAGCCGGUGGAAAUAGAGAGAACCACCUACAUUGACUUUGUAGAGAAGGAAAAGGAAACACGGGGGAAAGACAACAACGGGAUCCAUUACAGACUCAUUUCUCUCUGUCUCUCUGCAGGGAUCAGGACAGAGCAGGACUUGUAUGUUCGUCUCAUUGACUCGAUGACUAAGCAGGCUAUUGUCUAUGAGGGCCAGGAUAAAAACCCAGAGAUGUGUCGGGUCCUGUUGACCCAUGAGAUCAUGUGCAGUCGAUGCUGUGAUAAAAAGAGUUGUGGCAACAGGAACGAGACCCCAUCCGACCCUGUCAUCAUCGACAGGUUCUUCCUCAAGUUCUUCCUGAAGUGUAACCAGAACUGCCUGAAGAAUGCAGGGAACCCUCGAGACAUGAGGCGUUUUCAGGUGGUUGUGUCAACUACGGUGAGCGUGGAGGGUCACGUCCUGGCCGUCUCCGACAACAUGUUUGUGCACAAUAACUCCAAACACGGACGCCGAGCUCGAAGAUUGGACCCAUCGGAAGGAACACCGUCCUACCUGGAACACGGUCUCUGCCUCUGGGCCUUCUACUCUGCCUCACAUAAGCACUAUGUGUCUUAUGAGUGCCUCGGGCUACGAGGCCACCUGAGGGUUUUAGCGCUAACACAUCAUUUUCAGGUUGAUUAUACAAAGAAAGAAAGUCAAAAGCUGCAAAGGAAAGGUCUGAGGCGAUCCGAGAAGAGUCCCUUCAGCACAUGUUUGGAUAUGAAGUUUCAUUGCAUUAAUCCUUCUGCCCUGUCUGCCUCUCUGCAGCUGAUCACUCCCCAUGCCAUUCGUGUGCAAACUCCACCCAGACACAUCCCUGGGGUGGUGGAAGUCACGCUGUCCUACAAAUCCAAACAGUUCUGCAAAGGCACACCUGGACGCUUUAUCUACACAGCUCUGAAUGAGCCAACCAUAGACUACGGCUUCCAGAGGUUACAGAAAGUCAUCCCGAGACACCCUGGAGACCAAGAGAGAUUACCCAAGGAGGUGAUCUUAAAGAGAGCAGCAGACCUGGUGGAGGCCUUGUACGGGAUGCCUCACAAUAACCAGGAGAUGAUUCUGAAACGAGCAGCGGAUAUCGCAGAGGCCCUCUACACAACUGUGCCACGAGGGCACAAUCAGCUAGCAAGCCUUGGCAGCGGCACCGUCCAUGCUGGCAUGAUGUCCGUAAACUCCUUCACUGGGUCAGAAGUGGCACAAACAGCCAAUCAGGGUUUCAAUAGGAACACAAGCAGUGUGUCCCCUCAUGGUUAUGUGCCCAGCUCCACUCCCCAGCAGAGUGGCUACAGCUCCGUCUCCACUAGCAUGAAUGGCUACGCUAACUCUGGCAUGGCAACCUUGGGCACCUCGCCCAACUUCCUCAAUGGAUCUGCAGGCAACUCACCCUAUGCCAUCGUCCCGUCAAGCCCCACCAUGGCCUCGUCGACCAGCCUGCCCUCCAACUGCAGCAGCUCCUCCGGCAUCUUCUCCUUCUCUCCAGCCAACAUGGUGUCCGCUGCCGUCAAACAGAAGAGCGCCUUUGCCCCUGUCGUGCGACCCCAGAACUCCCCUCCGCCCACGUGCACCAGCGGUAAUUCUAACAGCCUGCAAGAUCAGUCUUUUGUGGACUCUAGCAAGUAUUCAUCAAACAACUCUCUGCAGGGCCUGGCCUUCUCCUGAACGAUUCCCGGGAUGAUCGUUCCACCCAUGUAGAGGGUCUAGGAUAGCUGGCAGUUUGGGGAUGUUGAGAG